AUGGGUACCACCGACGUUAGAUUGGACCCAAAGUUGAACACCCAAUUGUGGAAGAGAGGUAUCCAAGGUGUCCAACACAAGAUGAGAUUGAGAAUCUCUAGAAAGAGAAACGAUGAGGAGGAUGCUAAGGAAGCUAUGUUCGCUUACGUUGAGCCAAUCACUGUCCCAUCCAACAAGGGUUUGCAAACCGUUGUUGUUGACGAAGAUGAAGCUUAA